CGCGGUGGGCCCAUCCCAGGCAAAUUCUGUAAUAUUGUCCAGGUCUUGUAUCGUUUAGCAUGAGCGACGGUGCUCGGUUGCGGCAGUCAUGGUAUAACGCGCUCUCGGAAUCCGAAGAGUACUUUCGAACACUCCUGAAGUCACCUUCCUCGCCGGAAUGGAAGCGCAUUGUAACAACCUCUGAUACCUCGAAGAGAGGCAAAGGGAAGUCGCGAGCGUCUGCAGCUCCGGAACUAACGGACGUGAUCGUCCAUCGGAGGACACUCAAGUCGGGAGACACGGUUUACAGGGCGGUACUGGACGUGCCGACCGGUGAUGAACCAGUCGUACUUGACCCAUGGAAGUCGGUUUUGAUCACUCCGGAACUCAGGAAGGAGUGGGAUCCCGCGGUGGAGGGUGCGCAACUCCUUGAGAUGUUGGAUCCUACUACUAGAGUGUCGAAGACGAAUUUUACGCUCGGUUGGCCUGCAAAUCCUCGAGACGCAGUCACCAUUUCACGAACCUUCCACGACGCUACGACCCUCAUGGACAUCUCUACGUCCCUGCCCCGCUCGAUCGACGAACCCGCAUACCUCAGACCCUCGCCUCCCUAUGUUCGAUCAGAUGUCAAACUGUUUGCCUGGUGCAUCCAAUACCUAACGCAAACGCCAGCAACAGAUAGUAAGCCUAUUCCUGCCAAGCUGCGUAUCACAUGCUUCUGGCAGCAUAACUUCAAGGCAAUGUGGAACUUUGGGUCCGCUGCUGGCCUCUCUCAAGAACUGGCAGCAACGGUACUUGGUCUAUACAAGACGGUGCGGGGUCGAGGCUCUAGGGUGCCGCUAUUGCUUGGCUACGGUAAUGGCGUUGCUGUCGAACGGAUCCGCUUUGACGUUGAUCGCGAGGCUCUGACUGUGGACUACUCUAUCGUCCCGGAGGAAGAAGAUCAUGGGACGCAGUCAACAGACCUUUCCCAGAGCUUGGACUUGCAUUCGCUCAAAGAGCAUCGUCGGCUAGUCCGCGCCAUUGAGUGCGCCCUGCCAGCAUCACAGGGAUGGGACGUGCAGCUAACUACGAAAGCGUCUUCGGAACGCGUCAGCCAGCUGCCGUGGACCGCUGAAGCUGUACGCGAUGGGAGCCCGGAAACAGGAAACCAGCUGCCUGAACACGAGAAGUUUUUGUUCAGAGUGAAGCACAGUCCGCUCCCCGACGAUCACUCCGUCUUGAAAGUGAAGGUCGUCAUCGAGAUAUCUGGACCAUCCCGCGGGCUCCGGCUGAACGGCGUCCCGAAACCGAUAGAGCAUAUUGAGGAACGAGAUCCCUCGUCGUACUACAUGUCGCAGCAGAUUUUGCAGGAUGCUUCUAGUACAGCAGAUCUCAGUUUCCAUACAGCUUCUACCAGUAGCACUUCGCAGAGCACGGCUUCAAGCUCUGGAACGACUACGAGGCCGCCUCUCAGUCGGAUGCCCAAUGAACGUACGGCAGCCGCGGAGAAAGCGAUUUUAUCUCAAGUCAGGCGGAAAUAUAUAUACUUCUCCUCUCUUCUGCAGGAGCCCGAGGCGAAGUGGAAGCGGACUACCGAAGGACGUGGCGUCGAGGUUACCCAGCUAGACUCCAUAGACCCGACUUUAGUGGUCUAUCGCGCCGAAGCCACUUUUGUCGGUGUUGGUCUAUGGGAUCUAUUUGGGGCGAUUGUUACCCCUGGCGCUCGAGUCUACUGGGACAAACAGCAUGAAGAUGCUGUGCUCCUGGAAGAUGUCAACGAACUCAGUGAGCUGUGGCAUGUCAAGACGAAGCCCGCAUGGCCAGUAAAUGGACGCGACUCUGUCCUGCUGCGCACCGUGUACAAGUCCCCCAGCACCAUACACGUCUUUGCGUUCUCGGCAGACAAUCUCCAUCUCUUUCCCAACGUUCCUCCCGUCGAUCCCAAUGUUAUCCGAACGCAAGUGGACCUGCAAGGGUGGGCCAUUGAAGCAUUGUCCCCGACCACAACGUUAGUGACCUUGCUGGAGCAGUCCGACCCCAAAGGCUGGUCGAAUAAGACCUCCAUCCCUCAGCAAAUGAUCACUGCUCUCGCCGGUAUUGGGGAGUUUGCCAUCAAGUGCGGCGGUCCUCCAGCUGCGACACGUCUGGCUGGUGCCAAAGCCAACGAUAUUCGGUACGAUCACGAACGCGGGAGUUUCCGCAUUGAGUAUGAAGUGUCCGAGAGUCGUAGGACAGGUGACACUGCUUCGUCUAAUGCUACAGAGAACGGAGCCAACACGUCUUCGAACAUACCAUUGCCUGUUGUCGAAUGCGAAAUCCGGUGCGAUAUGGACACCUGGGCACAUUCUCUCGACAUCGUCGUGGACCCCCCGCCGCAAGCUAUCUCAUGUUUACGACGCCAUCGACUUUCUACGAACGGAGGAGGUCUGUGGCUCACGAUAUCUCACGAUGCUGUCUUUGCUAGCGAUGAUCGAAUCCUUGUCAUCAUUCGUAAAGGCCCAGGCCGGGACAAAGGAGUCGUGAUGGUUAAUGGAGCCAAAGCCAUCGUAGACGUUGAAGAGCUGCCUGAAAGCGAGGUCAAAUCUCUGACGAAGCAGAAACGUGUCAAGCCGGCUCGUAUUCCGCUGGAUCAGCCACCUGUCGUAGGUGCAAUCCGGAGACGGAGGGCAGAGUGGGACGGGGAUGGAGAAGGCGGAUCUGGCCAAGGCGGUGCUAGCGGGGAUGAGAAGGGGUCAACGUCUCCGUCAGCUUCCAGCUUUACAUCCGCUCCGAAAUUUUCUAGCCCUCUGGCUAGGUUCUUCACGAUGGCUGUCGAGCAGGCGACCACUACGACGCAGCAGGCUGUCGCAGCUAUUUCGCCCGCCACGGCUGGAGGGGAUCAAGCAAUGCCUUCUUCAUCUAAACCGCCUAUGGAGCACGCUCUGGACGCCCUCUCGCACGUCCAAACCUUUUAUUUAAACCCCUCCGCUGAUGGAUGGGCGCUGAUCAGUGAGAAGGGUUUUCCUGUCCAUCGCAAGAUUAUACCGGAGAUAUCUACCACUAUACCCGUCCACAAAGGUGAGAAAGUGAUUGAAGGUGUCUCAGCGGAGGAGAUAGCGGCGGUUGUCACUAGCUAUGGAUGCCGCAAGCAGUGGGAUGAUCGCUUCGACUCCGCAGUCGUCUUUGAAGAAUACGGAGCACGGUGUCAUACUGCAUUCUUGGUCACGAAAGGUGGUUUCCCAUUCCGCGAUCGUGGCUUCUAUGUAGCUUCGAUGCUGGCUCGUACCUCGCCGAAGACUCCCGUCUCCGCCUCGUUGUCUCGUCGCAACUCCGGGAUUGAAGCUGAACAGGAGAGCCGUGCAGCUGUCCUUUGCGUGACUACAUCAUUUAGCUCUGACUCAAUGGCGUCUUUCUCUCCUGCGAAGUAUAACCCUUACAAUCUUCCCGUGGGCCGGUUCUUUGUCGACGCAUGGAUAUUGGAGACUCUGGAUCCCUACGCGGAAGAGAAUUACGCGAUUCCUUCGACGAAGUGUACACGCUUGGUAGCGGCGGAUUACGCUGGCUCUAUUCCGGCUGCUGUGAACUCGAUGAUAAACGGGAUGCUGCCUAGGUCGAUUCUCAAUCUGGAGACCUACAUGAAGGGCAUCUCGCCGUUGCCCUUCAUCCGCCUACCACGCGCGGGCCUCUUCAUUUCUGAAGAGAAGCAGGAUGAGCCCUUCAAGGAGAAUUCCUGGAAAUUCAUUCGCCGCGACAACAAUCGCAUGCUUGUGACCGCUGGGUAUACACCGGAAGAGCUGGUAUACAACAGUGUCAUUACUUUGUCCCUGGGAUAUAUUCCAUCGACGGAUACGCACGACACUUCGGAUGACAGGACGCCGAGACCUAGUCGGAUAGGGACGAACCCUAUGCCAGAGGUUAAACAUGGCGCUCAUAAGUCGGAGGACUUCACUAGAUCCGCCGGUUCCUUGGGACGGUCGACGCUGGCGCCAUCGUCCCGAAGCGGUUCGCGGUCCCGGGAAACGCUCAGGGCCACAACUUCUGCCUUCAACCUCAGAGGAGCAGCUAAAGCACCCUCGGACUUCUUACUCGCCGAGGUUAUUGUUGACUCGAAGACGUACCCCAAAGGUUAUGAGGUCCGGGUGAGCUCUACUCUCAGAGACUUGAAGAAGAAAUACGUUUCUAGGUCGCCAGAUAAUAAUGGUGUCCAAGGUGGCGACCCUCAAGCUGUAGUUGUUCCCGUGACAGCUACUGUUCAUGUCUUGCCUCAGUCGCCCUUGCAUUCCGCGGGCUUGCAGGCCGAGCGCCCUCCGCAGCAUCUCGUCCGUUUAACGAUACCUACGGCGCAAUUCCAUGUUUCGACGAUACAAGAUCCGUUAACUGGUGAAACCAGAAGUGCGCCGCCGAGACCUCAGUGGUUGCUUGAUUUGGAGGAGAAGGGUGCGGUCUGGAAUGUAGAGGUCCGCCCGACCAGCGCUAGCGGCAAGCGUGACGGUAUGAUAGUGCUCGUGAACGGCGCUGAUGUGACAAUCGCCAGCGAAAAGGAAUCGCUGGCGCAUCUGGGGAGAGAUGAGCUGCAGAAUAACCGCAUUUCGAAGAUGAAUAUGCUCGUCAGAACUUCCGAAGCUGCAGAUCAGAUCCCGGAGGAGCUUCGACAGCCUAUCGCUGUUUCGGAGCACUUGUAUGAAGCGGCUGUCCUGGAGUCAUUAAAUGCUCCUGAACAAACUGCUGGUCAAACGGGCGACGCGAAUCCCAAGCCGGAUGAUGACCAGGGUGCUACCGGGAGCGCUAACAUACCGCACGGGAACCCUGCACCUGAGGGUGACACACCCAGCGCUAGCGCGAGUGGGGGGCUGCUAGGCUUCUUGAAUUCUUAUCCCAAUCCGUUGGCGCGGUUCACUUCCUCGACUCCGCGAACACCUCUGCCUGAAUCGCCCUCGUCUGACCUGCGAAAGCUGCCUGGCGGCUUCAACGAAGCCGACAGACCACUGGCUCUGGCGACGCUGACGAGGACGUCGGGGCGGACGUACCCUCUGUCGAUGCUGCUUGCUGUGGCUCUCAUCGCCUUUCUGCUGGGCUCUUUCCUGCGAUCACUGCUUUCUCCUGCAGACUUCAUUUACGUGGUCACGGAUCUCAAGGAGGUGGAUGAAUCUACAGUUGGGUGGCGAGAAAUCCGACGGCUUCUGGAAAUCAAAUACCUGAUAGGAGGGUGGGAUUUCCAGAUAGCUGUUGUGCGACGCCAUUGAGCGUCCUCGGCAGUCCAGAUACUUACUCUAGUAAUAUUAAUGCUUGCGUGCGCACUUGCUGUCGAUCUAUUAGUCUAGCACACGGUCCCGUAGUAGGAUAUGUAUCUAAUGUGUACUGCAGCGCGGUGGAAGCGGAAGUUUCUCAACUCGCCGG